AUGAAUCACAAUGGCGUGGGCAUCAGAUCUCGCCCAUUCAUUGUAGGAGGCCAUCGCUGGUGCAUCGAUUACUUACCCAACGGUUUCAACUCGGAGUAUGCAGACUACAUCUCUCUCUUUGCUGCCCUUGUUGAUGAUGAUGACGGUGCCGCAAGACCUGUGAAGGCGUGGUUCAGGUUUAGUUUCAUUGAUGAGGUUGAGAAGCAAGAGGCAACACUCAUUCGUGCUGCUUAUGCAUGCACCUUCUGCAGCAAUGAUAUUAAUGGAGCUUGGGGCGAUUCGAAUUUUAUAAAAAGAGAUGUGCUUGAACAAUCAGAGAAUCUUAAGAACGAUUGUUUCACCAUCCGGUUUGACAUCAUGAUUUGCGAGGACCUCAACACUAAGGUGCCACUGUCUUGCAUAAGUCAGCAUUUCAACCAUCUCCUUCAAACAAAGGUGGGCGCUGAUGUAACAUUUGAGGUUAGCGGCGAGAUAUUCCUUGCACACCGGUGUGUGCUUGUGGCCCGAUCUACGGUCUUCACGGCGCUGCUCUUUGGCUCCGUGAAGGAGGGCACCAAGGCAGAUGUCAUACAGAUCAAAGACAUGAAAGCUCAAGUGUUCAAGGCUUUGCUCAGUUUCAUCUACACAGAUGCAUUUCCUGAGAUGGAGUGGGAAGAAGCAGAAGUCAAGGUAGAAACAACACGUUUUGAAAUGUGGCUGGAAUGGCUGAAGGACUUGACUGUAGCGGCAGGCAGAUAUGAUCUCCAACACCUGAGGUUCUCCUGUGAAGAGCUGUUGUCCAAGGCCAUAGGUGAAAUCACGGUACCAAAAAUUCUUGAUAUAGCUGUGCACUACCAUUGCCAUAGGUUAAAGGAGAAGUGCUUGCAAUUCCUCCAAAACGUAUCUUCCUCAAUUCUGCAAAAAAUAAUGGCGACCAAUAGCUGGAAGCAUAUAAUUCUGUCACAUCCCUAUGUUUUGAACGAGCUCAUUGCCAAGCUUGCUGCGAAGUGUAAUGGGUCUGACAAAGCUACGGAUUUAUAUGACGUCUUGCCCCCGCCAUCAGUGAACAUGGACAAUGCUGACAGGUUCUUGAAUUUGGAAUGGUAAAGUGCCUGCAAUUUAUCCAAAACCUAUCUCCUUCUAGUUUGCAAACAUUAAUGGAGAGCAAUAGCUGGAAGCAUAUAAUUUUGGCAUAUCCCGAUGUUUUGAAUCAGCUCAUCGCCAAGCUUGCUGCAAAGUGUAAUGCAUCUGACUUAAUAUAUGGGUUCUUGCUCCCUCCAUCUAGAAAGUGAGCUUGGAC